GUUGAACACUGCAUUUGCUUUGGGCACGAUGUUUGCCAUGCAGUUGAGGUGGACGACGUUGGUCGAGUGAGCCAUGCUGAUUGGCCCAUGUGCUGAAGCAAUAGGUGCCUCACUCUGCUGGGCAGUCGGUUUGACCCUCCUGGCACGGCCACGGCACCCCGGCGACCACACCGACCAUGCUGAGGGGCUGGGAGCGCCAGAGGGCACCUCCCGGUUGUCCUUUUAUGGAGGAGCUUUGGUCUUUGUUGUCGGUUAUGCCUUCAGUGUCUCCUCGGCCUUGUCUCCAACACCCUCGCGGAACUUGGCGAUGGCGGCAUUGAGCGCCUCUUUUCCCUUCAGCCUGCUUGCGCAAGCUUGGCUCUUUCGGUGGCCCAGCGCCACUGAGGCUGGCAGCUACUUGCUGAGCUUUCUAGGUAUGGAGUGCAUGAAGUUGAUGCAAGCCUGCAUGCAGUUCAGAGCACGUCAUUGCUUUGAGCACCUUUGGCAAACAGAGUGCGUGUGUGUGUGUGUGUGUGUGUUUGCAUGGAAAGUGGCAGUGGCAGGUCACUACCAGAUGUCAGUUGGACGCUUCUGGCUUUUGACGGGCUCUUCUUUGCCACAUGACAUUUGCGGAAGAAUAAGGGGAAAGAAAGCAAGCAAGUGGAUUUUGCUUGGGUGAGCAUAAGCAAGCACAUGGUCUUGCUUGGGUGAAAGGAUACAUUACAGAAGGUUGUUCGGUUUGGCGCAGCUAGAGC